AUCACUUCACUUCUCUCUCAUCGCGCUGCCGGGAUGCCUGGGUUUGCAUAGCAAAUGUGAGCCUGGUUAGCGGCCUGGAUGGACUUAUGGAGGGGCGGAUAUCAUCACUGCUGUUCCCCCUGCUGUUGGUUGAUCCGGGGCCCAUCUGGACACACGUCUGCUGCGUGUCUGCCGGGUUUGGUGGCGUCGAUCUGCUCAACACGGUUUUUGCUUUUAUUUCCUAUUGCGUUCAUGCUCGGCGCAUGGUGUCAUCGGCGGAUGGCGCUCCGGGCGAAGAAGGAGGGCUCUCUCUGCUUUCUGUUUCACUUGCUGCUCGAGAUUCCACGGUUUGUCUCGAUGCUGAGCGUGGGUUAUGGGAUGGGAUGGAGAUGAUUGAGUUUUUGGAAGGAUGGGAAAAGGGCGUUGCGAUUGUGACGGAUAGCCACUCUUUUCUAUAGCGUGCAAUCGACCUCGCCCACAAUACCUUGUCUCUCUUUGCAGUGCUCGUGAGAUGUCUAGGUUGAAGAUGCGGUUUGACG